GGGGAGGGGUCAUCAGGGACCUUAGCUCUGCCCUCACUACCCCUUCUUCUCCAGCUGGCUCCAGAACACACGCUGAUGUCUUUCCGGAAGGCCCUGGAGCAGAAGCUGUACGGGCUACAAGCUGACGUCACCAUCAGCCUGGACGGUGUGCCCUUUCUCAUGCAUGACACCACCCUGAGGCGGACCACCAAUGUGGAGCAGCUGUUCCCUGAGCUAGCCCGCAGGCCUGCCGCCAUGCUCAACUGGACUGUCCUGCAGAGGCUCAACGCCGGCCAGUGGUUCCUCAAGACUGACCCCUUCUGGACUGCCAGCUCCCUAUCACCCUCAGACCACAGGGAGGUCCAGAACCAGUCCAUCUGUAGCCUGGAAGAGCUCCUGGAGCUAGCCAAGGGCAAUGCCACACUGUUGCUCAAUCUUCGAGACCCACCCCGUGAUCACCCAUACCGUGGCAGCUUCCUCAACAUCACGCUGGAGACCGUGCUACGUUCAGGCUUCCCACAGCAUCAGGUCAUGUGGCUGCCUAACAGGCAGAGGCCUCUAGUACGGAAGAUGGCUCCUGGCUUCCAGCAAACAUCUGGGUCUAAAGAAGCCAUCGCCAACCUACGGAGAGGUCACAUCCAGAAGUUGAACCUUCGCUACACUCAGGUGUCCCACCAGGAGCUCAGGGACUAUGCAUCCUGGAACCUGAGUGUAAACCUCUACACUGUCAAUGCACCAUGGCUCUUCUCCCUGCUGUGGUGUGCCGGGGUUCCAUCCGUCACUUCUGACAACUCCCAUACCCUUUCUCGGGUGCCUUCUCCACUCUGGAUCAUGGUAAGUUGGAGAUUGAGAGCCUGAGAACUUCUAGGGCUA